AUGAGUGCUUUAAUAUUAGGUGCUACAGGUCUAUGUGGUAGUGGAUUCUUAAAAGCUGCAGAAAAGGCUGAUGCAUUCAGUAAGAUUUUCACUUUAACGAGAAGACCACUUCCUGAAUCCGAUACUGUUGCUUCACAAAUCGUGGAAACUGAUAAUUCUAAAUGGACCGGAUUAAUUCCAGACGAUACUAAAUUUAUAUUUACCGCGUUAGCUACCACCAGAGGUGCUGUUGGCGGUUUCGAUAAUCAAUAUAAGAUCGAUCAUGAUCUUAAUGUGGACCUAGCUAAGGCCGCCAAGGAAAAGGGUUGCUCCACCGUGGUAUUGGUGAGUUCCAGUGGUGCUUCUUUAGAUUCAAGAUUUAGUUACAUGAGAAUGAAAGGUGAAAUUGAAAGAGAUAUUCUAGCUCUAGAUUUCGAUCACACUAUUAUUUUACGUCCUGGUAUUCUUCUAGGUGAUAGAGAUAAGGGAAUCAACCAUAAGGGAUUUGGUAAUGGCACGGCAAUGUGUAUUGGUGGAUGGCUUUACAGAUCGAGGGUUCAAAGACUAGUUGGUUAUCCUGUUUAUGGUGACGAAGUUGGGAAAGUUGGUGUUCAUUUGGCUUUGAGGGAGAAUGCAAAGAAGGUCCAAAUUGUGGAAAGCAAAGAGAUCCUAGAUAUUUCCGAUGCACUUAAAAAGUAA